GGCGCCUUCAGCCUUGCUUAUGUAAACCAAUUCGUGGACCCCGAUAUACGGCUAAGAUCAAGGCGGUGAGACGAAUGCGAAAAAGAAUUUGCCCACACCGAGUUUGCUCCGAGCACAUGUUGGUGGGGUUAAUGUGGUGUGUGUACAAUGUGCUAGAGUCAUAGGUUGAGAACAUUCCUGACUGGGCCUUGGACUGCAGAAAGAGAACUUUAUAUUUAUCUGCAUAUAUUAUUUAUAUAAUUCCCUCAUAGAGCAUUUUAGAGAUUUUGCCAUUUUGGAGCCAAAAUUGUCAUUGUGGUAAUCAAAGGACAACAAUUGGUCAUUUGCCGACACAUAUCUCUUGGUUGGCUACUUCAUCCUCGCCUUUUGAAUAUACACCUUUAAAAACUACACCAACACAACCCAUUGCUUCACCCCUCCUAUACUCGCCAUGUCUUCUCCCGAACAUGAGGUCAGCGAUGACACUCGCGUCCUCGGCCAAGAUCCUCUGAUCCAGCCGGAGUUGCUGAUCUCGGAAAUCCCCAUCACAAAGGCUGCCCUCCAGACCGUUAUUAAGGGUCGCAAGGAAGCCGUUGAUAUCAUCAUGGGUACAAACGACCGUCUUCUCGUAAUCUGCGGCCCAUGCUCCAUCCACGACCCCGCCACAGCUGUCGAGUACUGCCAGCGCCUCAAGGCCCUCUCCGACAAGCUAUCCGGUGAUCUCUGCAUUAUCAUGCGCGCUUACCUCGAGAAGCCGCGCACGACUGUUGGCUGGAAGGGGUUGAUCAACGACCCAGAUAUCGACGAGAGCUUCAAGAUCAACAAGGGCCUCCGUAUAUCGCGUCAACUCUUCUGCGACCUGACGUCGUCUGGCAUGCCGAUUGCCAGCGAAAUGCUCGACACUAUCUCCCCACAAUUCCUCGCGGAUCUGAUCUCCCUCGGAGCUAUCGGAGCGCGUACUACAGAGUCCCAACUUCAUCGCGAACUUGCGUCUGGACUUUCCUUCCCAGUUGGCUUCAAGAACGGCACUGAUGGCAGUUUGACUGUUGCCAUCGACGCCAUCGGAUCGGCGGCCGCCAAGCACCAUUUCAUGGGUGUCACAAAGCAGGGUCUUGCGGCUAUCACGAGAACAGCUGGAAACCAGCACGGCUUCAUCAUCCUCCGUGGCGGCACCAGAGGUACCAACUUCGAUGCCGAGAACGUCAAGUUGACCAAGGAGGGCUUGGAGAAGAAGGGACAGAAGCAAGCUAUCAUGAUUGAUUGCUCGCACGGCAACUCCAACAAGGAUCACCGUAACCAACCGGGCGUCGCAAAGGUCGUUGGCGACCAGCUUCGCACUGGUGAGAAGUCGAUCAUCGGCGUUAUGAUUGAGUCGAACAUCAACGAGGGCAACCAAAAGGUCCCCGCUGAGGGCCCGGCUGGCUUGAAGAAGGGCGUCUCCAUCACCGACGCUUGCAUCGACUGGGACUCCACUGUCACGACACUUGAGGAUCUGGCUGAGGCUGUCAGGGCGAGAAGGAAGCUCAACUCUGCUGCGCAAUAAAUGCAGCUUCAAAAAGUUUUGUUGUUAGCGUUACCACUGGUGCACAAAAAGCGGAAAACGAUGCCAUAGAUUGUGGAUAUUUCUGUCGUGACAUCUACUAUGCGA